AUUGAUAUGUAGCCUAAGGUUUUUGAAAGCAAUUGUUGCGUUUAACAGCCUAUAGAGAAAUUUAAUCAAUCAGAACCACCCACGUUUGGACAGCUCCCUUCGUCCCCUCCUUUCUCUCCCUCUCUCUUCCUCUCUCAACCUUUUUUUUCCUUCUCCCGGUCGAGCUAAAUGCUUUUUGUAGCAUGGCGAAAUUGCGUGUUGAUACCACUUCCCUAUUCGCAUUGAGAUUUCCGUUAUUAGUUAAAACAGAUUCAAUGUUACACUAUUAAAGGUUUCAUUCGUUCAGAUUUGUCCAAUCCUUGUGAAAGUGAGAGAGCGCUGGAAUUAAUGAAACGAUCGCAUCUCUUCUUCUUGCAGGAACGAUUCUUGGGGAACCUGGUCGAGUAAAGGAUGUAAAACCGUACUAACCGAUGCAUCCCAUACAAAAUGCUUAUGUGAUCGUGUAUCUACCUUCGCCAUUUUGGCACAGCAACCAAGAGAAAUAACCAUGGAGUACUCAGCGGUCCCCUCUGUGACUUUGAUCAUUGGUUGUGGUCUGUCCUGUCUCGCCUUGAUCCUGUUGCUAGUGGUCUAUGCUAUUCUAUGGAGUACUUCCCGUUAUUCCAGAUAUAUCCGGUCUGAGCGGUCCAUCAUCCUAAUCAACUUCUGCCUGUCAAUCAUCUCCUCCAACCUCCUCAUCCUGGUUGGACAGACACAGACACACAAUGCGGGUGUCUGUACCAUGACAACAGCCUUCCUUCACUUCUUCUUUCUGGCGUCGUUCUGCUGGGUCCUGACGGAGGCUUGGCAGUCCUACAUGGCCGUUACUGGGAAGGUCCGCACCAGGCUCAUCAGGAAGAGGUUCCUCUGUCUGGGAUGGGGAUUACCUGCCCUGGUGGUUGCCGUCUCAAUGGGAUUCACCAAAGCAAAAGGCUAUGGGACACCCCAAUAUUGCUGGCUAUCUCUAGAAGGUGGUCUCCUGUAUGCCUUUGUUGGACCGGCAGCAGCAGUGGUUCUGGUCAACAUGGUGAUUGGUAUCCUGGUGUUCAACAAGCUGGUCUCCAGAGACGGGAUUCUGGAGAAGAAGCCGAAGCAUCGAGCUGGACCGAUGAACGAGCCCCAUACAGGGUUAACUCUGAAAUGUGCCAAAUGUGGUGUGGUGUCCACCACUGCUCUCUCUGCAACUACAGCCAGUAAUGCCAUGGCCUCUCUGUGGAGUUCCUGUGUGGUUCUGCCUCUGCUGGCUCUGACCUGGAUGUCUGCGGUGCUGGCCAUGACAGACAAGCGCUCCAUCCUAUUUCAGAUCCUCUUCUCUGUCUUCGACUCGUUGCAGGGCUUUGUCAUCGUCAUGGUGCACUGUAUCCUGAGGAAAGAGGUCCAAGAUGCUUUCAGAUGUCGUCUCAGAAACUGUCAGGACCCCAGAAACUGUCAGGACCCCCUCAACGCUGACAACACUGGAACUUUCCCCAACGGUCAUGCUCAGAUUAUGUAUGUUUCCAGCAACUGUGGUGGAUGCCUAACCAGGCCAGUGCAGUACGGCUCGGCAGGGAUCGCCUUGGCUCAGCUCAGUGUGAAAAGGACGGACUUUGAGAAAGACGUUGACAUCGCCUGUCGAUCAGCUCUCCACAAAGACAUGGGCUCUUGCCGCGCGGCGACCAUCACCGGCACCCUAUCCCGCAUCUCUCUGAAUGACGAGGAGGAUGAGAAGGGUCCCGAGGGGCUCAACUACUCCACCUUACCCGGCAACAUCAUCUCCAAGGUGAUGAUCCAGCAGCCCGGCAUGCACAUGGGCCCCAUGGGGGACAUGGGUGAGGGCUGCCUGGGCGACAGCGUGUCCGACAUGCGCCGCACCGUCUACCUGUGCACCGAUGAUGCUCUCCGUCAGUCCGACCAGGAUAUGGGCGGGCACGGGCAUGGCGGGAUGGGCAGUGGCCACGACAUGGGCAGCAUGGGCGGUAUGGGUGGUAUGGGCGGACAUUCACCCCAAGGCCAGAUGAUGGAGACAGACUACAUCGUGAUGCCACGAGCUUCGGCGGCGGCAGCAGGAUCUGGGAACUGUAACACACUUCCCACUCUCCUGAAGGACGAUAGCUCCACCAAGAUGAACAUGGGCCUGGGCAUGGGAGAUACGCUGCCCCAUGAUAGGAUGAUGCAACACUACAAGAUGGCACCGGACUUCAACAUGAGCCCGACGGGGAUGGGCGGGAUUGGGGUCAUGGAGCACAUGAACAUGGGGGUGAACAUGGAUCAGAACCUACAGCAGCAGUAUGGGUCAGGAGGAGGACAGGAACACAUGCAGCAGAACCUGCCCUUUGAACCCCGAACAGCUGUCAAGAACUUCCUGGCUGAGAUGGAAGAGACUGGAGGGCUGUCGAGGAGCGAGACGGGAUCCACCAUAUCCAUGAGCUCCUUAGAGAGAAGAAAAUCGCGCUACCAAGAUCUGGACUUUGAAAAAGUCAUGCACACCAGGAAAAGACACAUGGAGCUGUUCCAAGAACUGAAUCAGAAAUUUCAAACCCUGGAUCGAUUUCAAGACAUACCAAAUAUGGGCAGCAUGGACAAGGCCAUGGCCAACAAGAACCCCUGGGAGAGCUACAACCCAGCCUGUGAGUACCAGAACUACGCCAGUAUGAAUGCACUAGACCCUGACCCCAAGGACUCUCUGGAGAUGACCGCAGCAGAGUGGGAGAAGUGUGUCAAUCUCCCCUUAGACGUCCAGGAAGGAGACUUCCAGACAGAGGUCUGAUCUGAUCUGAUCUAAACAAACCAGGAAAUGAGUCCAAAAUGGCACCCUUUUCCCAAUGAAGUGCACUACUUAUGACCAGGUCCUAUAGGCCUCUUUUUCACCAGUACCCAAAGGGCUCUUUUGAACAGGACUCAUAGGGCUCUGGUCAAAAGUAGUGCACUAUAUAGGAAUAGGGUGACAUUUUGGAUGCACUCCAGAAAGGAGACUUCCAGGAAGUAAAAACCAGGAAGAGGAAAACCAGGAGGAAAAUGAUAACCAGGACAUGGAGGAAAGGGGAAAGGAUGUAUUUUGCACUGAAAAAAUGGACAGACUGUCCUAACAGCCUUGGCCUAGUACAUAUCUGGAUUCUAAAGGAGGAUGACAAGGACAUGAUGUGCCAAUACCAUUUAAGAGGAAAACACAGAGGACAGGAGGAAAAAAUACAACAAAAAAUACAACAAAAAUCAUCAGUGUUACUUUUUGUAUUCUCACUAGUGUACUUAGUGCAGCGGGCCAGCCAGGUGGGUGUACAAUAUUUACCAUCAUGUGUUUCAGAGUACCCAUGGUAAGAAGAAUUGGUUUCAAAAAGGUGAACAUCUUUCUAGAUGAAUAAACCUCAAAAGCUAAAUGAAGACAUAAUACAAUGUCAAUCCCAGCUUCGUUGGGUCCAGUUUUAUAUUUCACAAAACUGGACCCUGGAAGCACAAUGUAUAUAUUUAUGCAGGUUUUUAAAAAGUUUAUAACAAGUCUGUUUGGCCAUUACUAUACUUUUUACUUUAUAAUAUAAAAAAUAUAUAUGAGCGAGAGUGUCAGGCAAAGAGGACUUUUCUGUCAUAUAAAAAUGAAUGUUUGUCAAAGCUACAUUCUUCAUUGCUUUAAAUGCAAUAAAGGUAAUACUCACUUUUAUAUGAAUAAUAUAUUUCACAAACUUUAAUACUGCAGAAUCUUGCUUGAAGAAUCUCGGCUAAAACUCUCAUCUGCAGCCCUGUAUAAAAUAUUUAAAAAUGAAAAAUGUUGUAUGGUGUAAAUAAACUUUUGUCUACAUAUGUUUUACUUGUGCCAAUUUAUUUUAAUGCCAACUUGAUCAAGCGUUAUAGCGUUAUAAAAUGUUAACAUUUGAACAAGGAAUGUAAAUAAAAGAGGAAAUAUGUUCGUACUG